AGGAGCCACACGGCUUUGCUGAAUUCACACAAAAUACAAAACCAAUUUCAGCCUCACACCCCCCUCGCUGGCUUAUUGUCUGAAAAAUUCACUCAUCCCACAGACAGAGAAAUUCCACGUGGCAAAGAAAACUAGGCCACGGUUCCCGAUAUUACCCCUACCAAUGAGGCCAAACUGCCUCCGGUCUCCAGGGCAUAACCGUCUUCCGUACCCGCCUAUUUCUAACGUUGUUUCUUCACUAAAUAGACAGUAGUUGCGUUUUUCGCUUCUUCUCUGUUUUCUCUGCGAAAGAUUCGAACUUUGAGAUUCUGAAAAUGGCUGGAGUUUCUCAAUUCAAUCAAAUUUUCUGCAAGACCUGCGCCGUGGCGGCACCUCAGUUACAGUCUGGCGCUAAAUUGGCUUUUUUUCCGGCGAAUUCGGUGGGGGUGGUGGGGAAGGCAGUGGGGAGAGUUAGGGUUUCGGCGGGGGAGGUGAAUAGGGGAAGGCCGGUUGUUUUGGCUCGGACGGCGUUGGAUGAUGAGUGGGGGCCGGAGAAGGUGGAGCCGGAGGGGGAAGGGUCGACGGUGGCGGUGGUGGAGGAGGAGAAGUCGAAGGAGAUUACUAGUUUGAAGAAGGCGUUGGUGGAUUCGUUUUACGGGACUGAUCGGGGGUUGAAGGCGACGAGCGAGACUCGGGCGGAGAUUGUGGAGCUUAUUACUCAAUUGGAGGCGAAGAAUCCGACUCCAGCGCCAACUGAGGCGUUGACUCUGCUCAAUGGGAAAUGGAUUCUAGCGUACACAUCUUUUGCUGGUUUGUUCCCCUUGUUGUCAAGGGGUACACUGCCACUGGUGAAGGUUGAGGAGAUAUCACAGACCAUCGACUCGGAGAAUUUCACAGUCCAGAAUUCUGUCCAGUUUUCUGGGCCUCUGGCUACCACUUCCAUCAGUACCAAUGCUAAAUUUGAAGUCAGAAGUCCCAAGCGUGUGCAGAUCAAGUUCCAAGAAGGCAUCAUUGGCACUCCACAGCUGACUGACUCCAUCGAGUUACCAGAGAAUGUGGAAUUUCUGGGACAAAAUAUUGACUUGACGCCCUUCAAAGGCUUGAUCACCUCAGUCCAAGAUACAGCUUCUUCUGUUGCCAAGACAAUCUCCAGCCAACCACCAUUGAAGUUCUCUAUCCCAAACAGCAAUGCUGAAUCAUGGCUGCUAACCACAUACCUUGAUGAAGAUCUUCGAAUCUCUAGGGGAGAUGCUGGCAGUAUCUUUGUGCUCAUCAAGGAAGGCAGCUCCCUAUUGGUACCUUGAGCCAAAGCAAAGAACUAUUUCUUAGCAGUGUGAUGCUUCUCCAGAGACAUGUUGGAUUCUAUAUAAGAAUAAAUGGAGAAUGAACUGAAGAAUCUUGUUUAUAAAUCAUCGUCAGAUAAAAUAGAUUAGACCAUAGCCACAAUAUCCAAAAAGGUUUAGAUUUCUAGUACCUGUGCCAGGUGGGAAUCAGAUCAUAUAUGUGAGAUUAAUACUCCAAGAUAAUUCAUUUUAUAGAAUAACACUUCUAUUUCAUAAGCUA